AUGAAAUUCUUCAUUUUUGGCAUAUUCUUUGCGCUUUUGCUUAACUUUGUAACCGCGCAUUAUCGGCUUUUGGUGCCUCGACCUAGAAAUGACGCUUCUUGCGAUUUUGGUGCUCCGUGUGGUGAUAAAUAUCGUGAUAUUAAUCAGACCACCAUUUCCACUUUUCCUAUAAAGGGUUAUUCUACACUUAGACAUACUCAUGCUGUCAAUGGUACUCUGUUUUAUUUGUAUUCUAAUGAUGGCGGCGCUAAGUUCAACCCCGUGGCAGAGCCUAGAUUCUAUAACGUCACUAAUCAAUUUGGUGAGAAUUUAACGACCUUUGUUGAUCUAACCAAGGCCGGUGCAACUGUUGGCACUCAAGGUAUUCUUCAAACAUAUUUUAUUCACGGCAAUGAUACUUCUCCAAUCAAUACGACGUGGUACCAAUGUGCUGAUAUUAAGGUCAUUGAUGAGCUUAAUACCCUAAAUAAGUCUUUUAGCUCUACUUCUAGCGCU